GCCCUAGCGGCAGUUGUGACUGUACACAGUGUUGUUUAGAACCCAGUUAAAUGGAGACACUCUGGAAGUGUCAUUCAUUUGUCAAAAUAGAGAAUCUAUGUAACUUUCUAUUUGUAUUUAUCUCAAUAAAAUCUGUGACUGUUUUAUAAAUCAACUUGUAGUAACUGACUUUUGUCAUUAGUGGGAUAAGAAUGUAUUCCUUUGGUUACUGGAACAUCUCCCUACCAUAAGUAUAGUCAUCCCUUUAAACCAGCAUCAUUUGGAAUUCAUCAUGAUGUGUAAUAAAAAAAUCCAUUAGACGUCCAGAGAUUUGAAGUAGCUUUCAGCACUUACUCCUCAAAGCAAGCAUCCCAGCAGUACUUUGAAACUUAGAUUCUGUCAGAACUGAAGCUCUAACAAGAUAUAUUUUAAGUGGAAAAGGUUUGUGGAUGUGUUGUGUGAGAGUGGCAUUCAGAUCUUCAUAUUAAAUUCUACCAAACUUCAGUUAGGAACAACAUUCUGGACUUCUUUUCAGUGUGAUGUUGCUCUCAGACAUCCUGCAUAAAUGAAUGAUUAUGAAGCUUUUAGAUUUUGAGGGGGGAAAUGAGUAAUCAACACCUGGCUGGUUGGAUUUGCUUCUUGCAUCAGGAGUCUUCUGUAUCUUCCGCUGCUGCAGUCAUCCUUUUGUUUAUUUCAGACACUGACUGUUCCAUCUCUUGCUCUAGAACUUUUGCCAACUGUUGCAAAAGAAUAUAUGAUCUCUCCCCUUCUUUUUUCUCUGCAAGAUUUAAUAUGAUGUAAAAAUGAAGAGAAUGAGCAGCCCCUUGCACCUCGUAGUAAAAAGCGUUCCUCACUGAGUAAAGACAGGAGAAACCUAUGUAGUAAAAGUGGAAACAAAUGGAACAGCCACGUGCUCUUUUUAGGACACAUCAAGUUAAUGUGUAUAUUGUGACCUGAACUUGAACAAAGGAAACAGGAAUGCAAAAUAUGGGUGGCUUAGAUGUGUACUUGAGUAAUUACUUUGUUUCUUUACUGCUCAUCUUCCAGGAAAAGUUUGUCAUCCUAGUGAAAAUCAAGAGAUAGUGAAGAACAAAGAAAUCCUUCUGUUACCAUCUUGGUGCAUUAGUUUCUGUAAUGUUCCCUUGCUUUCUUCAUACAGGCUAUUGCAUCACACAAGCAAGUUGUACUUUUGUGAUGUCAGUUUAUGCUGCAUGGAUACUGUAACAUGCUAGUGAUAUACAGGGCAGUCUAUCCUUAGUGACAUCUAUCCUGAUGACAGAAGGAGUGUUGAGGGAAGGGAGGAAAUACUGCUGGUAUUAGACCCCUGUCCUUAUAAUGGUAACCAACCUUUGUUAAGAGGAAAGCCUCAAACUUUCCCAGUCAGUAACAACUGCAUGCCCAGGUCUACCUUGCCUCUGCAGACCCUUAAGAUCCAGCUCAGGCUAGCUGAAACUAAUGAGAUAUUUUCACUACCUCAAUGCCAGAAUGACUUGACUCUGAAGCAGCUUAAGUCUGAUUUAGAAUUAUUGACUGGGAUCCCCUUUCAUUUCCAGCGGCUUCACUACCUGGAUGAAAUAGACCUGCCAGAUGAUUCUACGUUUAUGGACAAUGAUAUUGUCCCUGGUGGAACAAUUACAAUGCGCAUCUGGAAACAAGAUGGCUGGGGGCAUCUCGUGGCAGCUGCUGUGAAAGGAGACACUCUGAAGCUGGUCCAGCUGGGAGUUACAGAAGAGUAUGCUGGCACCUCUCCAUAUGCAAAGAUACUGGGACCAGAGCAGAAAAAGGAGUGGGUAGCACACCGUGCUUUUGUGGCUCUGUUUGUUGCCAGCCACAGAGGUCAUGUUAACACUGUGAAGUUUCUCUUAAGUCAUGGUGCAGAUGUGCGCUCUAAAACUCCACUGGGAAGGACUGCGCUGCAUGUAGCUGCUGUCAUGGGCCGCUGUGAGUGCAUCGAGCUGCUGUUUAAAAUUGCAACCUACAGAGAAGAAAAGCUGUUUUUGCCUGUGGAUGUUGAGGUCGGGAGGUGGCAGUGGGGCCGGCAGGGGGUGUCCCAGCACCACAAUCAGCUGCGGGUGGCAGCGCUGCAUCCUCCCCCGACUGUGGUGCUCCAUCUGUCUCCAGUGUAAGGUGAUAAAUAUCCCCGAUUUCUUUAUGUGAAUCGAGUACUAAAGCAAGGUUCAAAACCUUAUGCUAUGGAAGCCAGCUACUGUGAAAGAGCAUAUAGCAAACCUUAUGUGUGCUAGCAUUUAUCUCAAGAAAUGCAGAAUUCCUGCUGUAACGAUGCCUUUAUAGUACUGUUUAAAGAAAGCUCACUCACCGGUUUCCUGUUGGCUAUUAGUUCGAUGUGAUUCAAACAUAUAGAUGUUGGAUAAAUGCUUAGAAGAAUGUCAAGAUCACAUUCUAUCAAAGUGAUUAAUAGACAAGAUAUAAAAUGGUGUUUGGUGUCUUGCUGAGCAGUUGGAAAUUGUAAGCAGGAUUAUACAGAGGAAUCUUUAGAAAUCCGUUAUUCUUUCUUUGUAUUGUCUGUCUAGACUGUCUGAUCUGUGCUUAGGCUUCUAGAAAGGAGGAGAGGAUUUGUAGUUGCUUUUAGCCAUUAUGCAGCAUAACUCAGGAGAGCACAAGAAUGUCAUACACAGAAAACUGGGUGACCUCAGGAUGAGGAUGCCAGAAAUGGUAGAAAAUUACUUAGUAUACAAUUGUGUAGGGAAGAUAGCAAGUAUUGUUGCAGCUGUUAGCUGGAAACUCACCCUCAGCAAAGAAAAAAAAACAGAAAUCACGAAUGCCUUGUGACUGGGAAAUGUGUACACUGAUCCAAAAUUGUCAUGGGGCAAAUUAGAAGAGAAUUAACUUCUCGGCAGGGCCAGCACUGGAACAGUGUGUGGUGUUUUUCGUAGUCAAGAAAGAAGAACCCAGGCUAAAGAGAGACCCCCAGGUUAGCCAGAGGAAAGGAGAGAGUUUGUCCUCAGGAGAGGACCAGGAAUGUGAGGCAUCUUGUGUUGCGGUUGUUACUUUCUCUUCUCUGUGCUACAGGACAGGGAAAGGAUCAGUCUUCAGAAGUCUUCUGUGAGGACUUAUUAAUGAGCUUUGGGAUUCUCAGAUAAAGGAAGAGACUGAUUGUUAUGAAGAAGAAAAGGUACUAAAAUGCUUUGGGUUUAAUUUGGCCCCGGGUAAGACAAAUGUCACAACUGUCUCCUAAUAUUAGGAAAUCCAGAGCAACUCUUUUGGAAGGACUGUGACUCCCCUGGAUGUAAAAAGCAAACUUAAAUAAAGAUGACAAGCAUAGCAAUAAUUCAUCACGUUUUCUUACCACUAUAGUUCACCCCUUUCCUUGCCUGGGCAGAGACCGGCAGUGUUGCUCAGAGACAUCACAAUGACUGCUGCUCCCUCAGAGCCUUGAGAAAGCCAAUGCUCAGCAAGCCCGACACUGGCUGCUGCUACUUAGAAGUAGUUGCUGUAGCCAGGGACAGCCUUGGAUGUCUAUAGACUGUCACCUUUGAUAAUUCUGAAUAAUGAUAUGUUUCCCAAACAUUUCCCCUUCCUCUAGAAGUUCCUCUAACUUUAACUGAGUUACAUCCCAAAUUUUUGCUUUGUUCCUGUGAGCUCCCCUGAGAUAGCUGUUGCAGAAGAGAAGGUCUGGUGUUGUGCCAAAAGUGGUGUGCUCUCAGGACAUGCCCGCUGGUGAAUGGAUGCAUCUAGAAAGGAGUAGUGUUUCAGGGUCUGUUGCAGCAGUAAUUCUCAGGCAUUUUGUUGCUUCGUGUCUCAAGGCUCUGUGUGAAUGACUGCUCUCCCUGUGCAGUGGGUGGAUCCCACUUACUUGGCCAAGAGCUGUGAUUUUGCUUUUGCUUUAGGGAGCAGACAAACAUCUCUCUCUGCUCCCCGUUCAUAACCUGGACGCUUCUCUGGUAUUAAGAGUCACUUACAGUGAAGACAGAGGGGCCAUUUCUUUCCAAGUGUGUUACUCAGUACUGGAACUUCCAUGGUUCUGGGGAUAUGGGUCCUGUCAGAAUCAGGUAAUACCUAAGUAGAGUUUGCAUGCUGGUGCAUGCAAUAUGCUGGUGCAUAUUGACACUCCUGGAAGCCGAAUGCCACAGCUGCUCUGAUCUUGCGAAAUACAGCCUAUAGCAGGCCUCCCUAUGAAACUUGGAGACUAGAACUUGAGAGCAAAGAACCACAACUACUUUGGCAUUGUGCAAAUAACUUGUUAGCUCAGUGGUUUUUUUAAACAGAGCCAUCUUGUUGUUAUACCUGUUCCAUAUUUAUCUGUAGUGCAGAAUGCCGUGGCAAUCAUGACAUUCAUUUCUCAAAGUGAAUCAAAUGAAUAGAAAUUGUUAAAUGCUAGAGUACAAUAUAGCUUAUAAAACCCAACAGACAUCAGGAAAGUUGCACUGAUUGGACUCUUAGAUGCUGUUUUCCUCCUGCUUGGGAAACAGAAUUGUAGUCAGCUUGCAAUCUCCUCAACAUUGUUCAUGGAGGAAGCAGACAAAAAAUACCAAUGGCUGCAAUUUAGUUAAUUUUAUGCUAAACACAAUCAGCAUUCAAACUGGGAGUUACAAGUGAGAAUGUAUUGAUAGAGAAGCCAAAAUAUUCUCUGUGAGUAAAUGGUUGAAAUAUUAAGACAAAAUCUCAGAGACUCCUGAAAAGCAUGUAACUGUAGGGCAGAGAAGAUGCAAAAGUGAACUUUGAUUCUACUGAAGUCAACAGGGGGUCAGUGAGGUCAUGAAUUAACAUCUGACGUGGGAGGUCAUGAAUCUGUGUGGUAGGAACCAGUGCAGCACUAGUAUAACAGGAGACCUGGUAACAACAUUAAAAAAAAAAAAAAAAAAAAAAAAAAGAUUUAGAAGAGUCAUAGAAGAGUAAUUGCAUAUUAAAAAAAAAAAAAAAAAAGGUUGCUGAGGAUCUACGUGAAUCGGGACCUUUAUAUGAAUGCUUUCUCUGCCAUCAGUUUUUAAAUUUGCAGUGUUCCUUGCAUUGUAACCACCAACUGUGUUCAGAGACAACCAGAAUUUGGUUGUGAACUUUCUGAGGAUCGUGUUGACCAUUAAUAUUUAGAAAGGUUAUCGGUUCACAGAAGGAAGCCAACAGCUGUACACUUCCUAGCAUUCUUCCAACAUUUAUUACGCUUCUAGCAUCCCAUUUAGGUUGGUUUAAUGCCUGACCUACACUGCAAUUGAGGUUAGUGCUUUGUUUUUCCUUGCAGUUCUCCAUAUGCUGUUCUGUUUGCAAGAUUUGCUCAACAUAACUGUCUGGUAUGGUUUGAUGGUGUUUUGCUAGGAUUCUUGUGUGUUCAGAAGCUAAUAAGGGAACUGUCAACUCAAAGGCCUGUCUUAAAAUGUGGCCCUACUGGCUUGGGAUAAGAAACACAGAGAUUCCUCAUCCAAACCUCUUCCGUGGAAUUCGUGAUGCUGUUUCAAUUCCUUUGGUUUCCAGUAACCAAAAAAACCAACUGGGGUCAAGCAGAAGUCAAGGUAUAAUAAUUAAUCACUAUGAGCUUCCUUACUUAUAAGCUGGGCCACACGUUAAAGGAAUGAACAGUUCUUAUAUCUCUUGAUGAGUAUUUGUAUGCAUCAUUCAAGUGUACAUGUGUUUGAAUUCCAGCCUGUACUGAUUGGUCUAUGAUAAUAAACAGGAUAAAUAAAUCAGAUGAAAGUAAAAGCAUUGAUGUGCUUGUAGAAUGGUGUGGCAUUAAGUUCAGUGCUGUGACCUUGAGCAGGAUGUAAUUUCAAAAGUGUCUUAAUUAUGAUGAUGACGUAAAAUUAGACUGAGGAAGCUGGAAAGGGAUAGGAGGCAGAGGGACAAAACAAACUCAUUUGGAAUGACUUGGUUUUACUAGGAUUACAGGCUGAUAAGUAACUUAUGUGGCUUAUGGCAGGGAAGUUGUAAGGCCAGGGACCAUAGGUAGACUCCAAUUGGCGUGAGAGUAGUGUGCAAUACAGAUCAGAGCAUGGCAAAAAGGGCACAUGCAGCUUUGGGGGAAAUCGUUUCUAAGGUGAGUUGCUGUCUUGGUGCUUCUUUUCUGAUGGAGAUCUGCUAUGCAGCUGUGCUUGCUGCACAGCUGAGGAACUACUAGCCCUGCUAAAGGGGCUUCUGUUCAUCAUUGGCAAUGCAUGAGCUCCCUUGUAAAUGAGGGAUGGGUUUGAAAUGAUCUUUCUCUUUGAGGAUUUCCAAAUACAGUUGUACCUUGUUCUGGGCACAAACUAAAGUGAAGGGGAAGAUGGAGGAAAUGUGGCUGUGUCAGCACAAAAUUGAGUGACAGUCAGGUCUUGUCUGCCAGUGUAAAAAUGGCCAGGAGCUCUUUCAUGCUGGUUUCUCCAGAAAAAGUCCUCCAAGACCUAUGAGAUGGGAACCUGCUGAUUGCAAAUAAGAGCGGAGAUCCAGCUUCUGAUGGAAGAGUGAACUGCAGCUGAGCUGCCUCCUUCUUCUCACUUGUGACUGAGUAGCUUUUGAAACUCACUUUAAGGCAGAAACAAUAAAAGGAGGAGGGCUCUCUGCCUUGAAGUCUAUUGGUGUCCUCUCAGGUUUAUUUGUUAGAUAACAUAUUAACCCCUCCUGUUCAAAACUGCUUUUUCAAAGUUGGCCCAUAUCUCUAACCAUCAUUUUGAAAGAACAGAUUUUUGAAAAUGCAGUCUCUGCAUUAUCUUUUACUGACCCAAUUUCAUCUAUAUCCAGAAAGAUUCCCAAUGGUUAAUAAUUUUUCUAGUAUCUUAAUGCUGCAUCAGUAGUACAUAGACUUGUCUUUUUCUUUGCUGCUGUGUUAGGUAGAAAUCCAUUAUUGUCUAGAAGCUAUGGCUGAAUGGGUUGUUUGCAGCGGUUGUAAAGGCAGUGAGAAGCUACAGGGAAAACUGAACUGGGAAGGGCAGAGCCAAGGCAAGUCACGAAUAAUCCUAAUGCUUAUGUCAGACCUGAGCCAUGAAUGUAGAAUGGGAAAAGAAUACUUGGGAAAAUAAGAUAUGCACUUGGAACUUUCCCUUUUCUUGAGUCUUUUUGACUGAUUUGAGGCUUCUGUUUGACAUGUUGUCCAGUUCCGUGUCCCUCUUGGGGAUGCUGGAAUCAGGCACGAUGUGCUUUGAUGUGGAUUCAAGCCCCAUCUGGUAAAGUACCUCCUCCUGUGAUUAUUUAUACUAUUGUAAUAACGGUGAUGAAAGAAAAGUGACUUCUGUGUACUUGUGCCUCAUGUUUCUAUUAUCCUUUGGUUCUCCAUAGCACACGGGCAGCGUUAGAAUCUGCUUCCUUGGAGUUCCUUUGUUGGUUUGAGCUGUUGUCACACGCUUAGCUAAAUACCCUCUAGUAAUUUUCUUAUUCACAUGCACACUUAAUGUCCUUAGUCAUUAGACUGAAAAAUGUUAACCUUGUCAUAGUUAGUGACUGGAAGCAGAAAAGUCCAUUUAGUUCUCAGGGGAAUGAAUUCUAAUUUUCUGCUUGUCAGAAAAUGACAUUUUACAUAUUUUUCUCUUUUUUUUUCCCCACCAUUUUAGUGCUAAGUUUAAAUGUGUGUGUCAUAGGAAUAGACUUUUUGUCUCUGCUGAACACCCCAAAAGGCUUGGCAGGUAUCCAAUGCAUGAGCCUCUUGACCAAUAGCUACUGCUUGAGCUUGUCUCGUGCUGAGGAGAAUGGGAGGUGAGAGUGAAAAGUUAGAAAUGAGGGGUUAUUGCAGAGGGCACAUUAACAUUGCAUGUCAGAAUGCAUAUUUUUUACCCUGGAAAAUAUGGAUGAAAAGCAGCUCAUCUGGAAUAAAGCAUCCAGUGAAGAAACAAAUUAUGUUAAUCAAGCAGGCUCGUACUAAUAUUAGUCAUUAAGAUGUGACACCUUCCAUAUAAUGUCACAGACUGCUGCAACCCUUUGAGAAGUGUGCUGGUUUGAAGGCAGCUUGUCUGUACUUAUUGAGUUCACUGUUCUGUGAAAGGGAAUAACUUGCGUCUUGAAAAAUAGAUGGCAUUUAUGGCAAAGAGAAAUAAUCCUCCCACAGAUUACAGCUGUUCUUUGCAUUGUUGUGCUGGUGGUCUUAUCUCAUCAGUGGAUAUUUUCUGUGUUGUUUUUUUGGUUGUUGGUUUUGGGUUUUUUUUUUUUUUGAUACAUUUCCAUAAAGCUGUUUGGAGGAGAACAUUGUGUGCUGGGAGCUGGGUGUAUUUUGAGAAAGAGACCCACUACAAAGAACUCAGAGUCUAAAUUGAAAAGAUGGAUGAAGUGAAAAUGAGAGAUGGUUAUUUUGCUUCUUACAGAUGGGAACUGAAGCAGGAGAAGCGUGACUGUUGUGGCCAAAGUCACCCUGGGAGUCCACAGAACUGCAUCCUGAUCUUUGAAGUCCAAUUUCAUUAUCUGUAUCAUGUAUUGCCUUUCUGUUCCCUUGCUGCUGAGUCUAGAUUAAAUACGCACAUGUGUAGUGAGAUAAACAUGUUCUACAUAUGUUUAGCCAAAUUCUGACCUUAGGGACAUUAAACAAGCUCUCACUGAUAUAGUUAGGAGUGCUUUCAUGAGUGGACUCAACCCAAGGAAUAUAAAACAGCAUUGGCAUUUAGUUGAUGAAACAUCUUCUUGUAGGCUUGAGGUGGAAAUGGCGUUUUAACCAACUUGAGCCUCUCUGUGAGGUCCAGAGAAGGCAUGCCAGGCCAGUGGGUAACAAACUGCAAGGCUGAUUGUCUGACUCCUGUAUUGUCUGCACACCAGAAAUUGAUUGAUGAUUUGCAUGAAGGAAAUUAAUGGAUGCCAUAGGCUUUUGAGGAAAUAGUGUGUAUUUAUCUACUUCUCCAUAUUAAAAAAAAAAAGGGGGAAAAUGUCCAGCACAGAGCCCUUCUUCAGAACAGCAUGAGAUUUUGGCUCACUGGAUAUGAUGAUCCUUUCUCGUGUUUGGAUGCUUUUCUUAUACCAUGAGUACUGUCCACAUGUGCAUUAUUCAGCUCCAAAACAACUAUAGUGAUACUGCCAAAUGCACAAUGAGAAGAAUAUAAAACGCAUUCUAAAUAAUUUCAGUAUUUGUGUGUUUUGGGGUCUUCUGUGUUCCAUGAAAUCUCAACAGAUUGUUUGCUUGCAGCAGAACCAGAAAGCUGAUAGGUGCAGUGCAGAGCAAUCUGACCGGAAUGCCUGUCCCUGCUGACAGUGACUGAUUAGCAAUGACUCCAAGGGUAUGAAUGAAAGGAGAAUUAAAAGCAGAUUUAGGGAAUCUUCUUUCCUUCUUGCUUCUUAAGAGUAUAAUACUGCAUAAAUACAUCAGGGACAUCUUAACUGUAAUUUGCUGAGUAUGAAGAAGAUUGUUUCUUCUGAAGUUAAAUAGCACUGAUCCAAGGUGAAGGAGUUAGUCCUAAGCUCUCUUGCUUAUAGCUAGCCCAUAAAAAUGCUUAUUUUCUCAGUGCUGUACCUUAAACAAAUAGGAGGGCAAACAAAUGUGGUGAAAUAUUUCGCUCUGAACCAUGGUGUGAGCUGUUGAAAUUGAUCUUUUCCCAUUUGCAUACAAGUAACUCAAAUGAUUAAUGGCAUCGCUUCCAGGAGAACAAACAUCAGCAGUGCUCCCUGCAAGCCAAGUAGUUGUCUGGUUGGCACUGCAGUGUGUUACCUUUCUCCUGGCACUGUGCCCUGGUCAGAGCCAGCUCCCAGCCAUCCAGAAGUGCAGGCUGAAGAAAAUUUUACAGUCUUGAAGAUUCAGGGGCCAUCUCCUGGUGUUCUGUGCUACAGGGAAAGAGCAGGAGGUGUUGGAGCUCUCUCCUUCCCCCCAGUCCCUGACCCAGCAGCACCACUGCUGCACAGACCUGUUGUGCCCUGUGACAAAGGCACACAGCUGGCCUGACUUCUCAGGGCUUGGGCUUAAGAAAGAGGGGCCAUUUUGUUACCCCUGAGUAUGUGUCACCAGAGAACUGACUGCAGCUGGGGGAGAAGUAAGGUGCAAACAAUGUCCCUCUGCUCAGGUGAAUUGAUAAGCAGUGUCCCUUCCUGCUUUCUCUUCAGCCCAUGAGCCACGAGGCAUUUGCACUAGUCAGUAACUAUACCUUGGCUUCUGCUAAGGGACUGUGAACAUGCAGGGUUGUUCCUUCAGCAAGCGUUAUGCUGAGAUGGAAGUUGCACUGCGCGUAAUGGGGAGCACAAGAAAUGGCUGUAGAUUUUACUUAAACAAAGGAUAUGACUGCUCUGGCAAUAAGAGCAUAAUGUCUGCUUGGUUUCUCCAGACAAGGACUGUGGCUCGCUGUUUUUUUGUUGUUGUUGUUGGUUUUUUUUUUUUUUUCCUUUUGGGCACUUGUUUUGUUUUUGUUUUUGCUCCAGCUUUAAAGGAUGAGAAUGUUGUGUCUGACGCAUGUCAGCAAGCAGAGGAGAUUUACUAGCAUGGCUGGGUUCGUCUUGCUCCCCUGUGAUGAAUAAAAGCAUUAACCGUCUCUCACUUCAGGAGGAGAAGGGGGGCUGUUUUCAGCCUGUGAGAAGGCUUUGUCAGGUUUGGGUCAGGCAGAGCACAGGGCUGUGUGUGCUCAGAGGGCGGACGAGCCGGGUGUCACACGGCAGCCUGCAGGCACCGCUCAGAAAGGCAAGAGACAGCAGUGUGCGUGUGUGCGUGCGGGGUGUGGGGGUGAGGGCUGCCAUGUCUUGUUUUGGUGCAAGGCUGUUUGCUACAACAAUGAUCCCUCUGGAAAGCAGUCUCAGAAAGAUGGAUUGAAUAAAGAGCAGAGAGAGAAAUGGCCGUUUCCAUACUCCCUGUGCUGUUGUCUGAGCUGUUACAAGCAUUGCUUAACAAGAUACCUGCAUGGUCGUGAUCCCAGUCUGGUACAUAUGAGGCCUGAUCCUGUGGUCAUACAUAUCCAGUGAAGCUGGUGUCAGUGGAGCCAUGUAACUACAUAACUGAAAAGGAUGGGGGGGAGAAGAAAGGAUCCUCUUUGUUCUGUUUGUUUCUUCUGCAACGUGGUUGCAUCUAUUUUUAUGCUUUGAAAUUCUCAGGUUUAUUUCACUCACAGCUUGUCUAGUGAAUCACAUGAAGCAUGGAGGAGGAAAAUAUGAAGGAAACUGCCAAAUUCAAAGUUGGGUCAAACUUUGGCAACAUAUGCACCUGAGACCAGAAGAUGUAGUUUAUAUUAAUAAAAACGUGUUGUACUGCCUCACCACUUCAAAAUUUCAGCCAUCUUUCAAUAUAGCUGUGUAUCUUUGGAGUACACGUCACCAAAACAGGCUGUAGAAGCUUAACACAUGAUAAAGAAACAGUAGAGCUUGGAAUAGACCUGAUCAUCUGGCUCACAAAAAGAUCCAUAAAACUAUAUAUCUGUUAUUAUAAUUUUCUAGCUUACUAAUGCAGUCUCUUCGCUCCACUCCAAAACAGUUAAGUGAAACUGGAAAAUCCCUAAAGUUUUAGUUUGAUUCAUUAUUGUAAUAAGCCUGCAAUGGCCAUGGGUUUAAAGAUCCUUUAACACAAAAUGAAUUCAGACCAAACCCUCACAAGUUCAGCUGGGUAUACUUAGUUUUUUCCUGUGCCAGAUCCAAAUUGUGGCGAAAUGUAUGAAAAACUUGAAGCGUUUUCUCAGUUUGUUAACAGGAAAUGUGGAACUUUUAGAUAAUUUCUACUGAAAAGAAGAAAUUCACCACUCCUGGGUAAGAAAUGAUUUUUCUCAGUUGUCCUCAAAAUCCUUAGCUUUUUGUUACUGUUGCAAAUCAGGAACGAUAAACUUAGAAGAUAUAAAAGGGCAGGUAAUUAUCCCCGAAGUUACUCCCUAAAAAAGGUAUUUUAAUGCCCUGUGCUGUCAGGUACAUAGCGUAACGUAACAUGCAACCUCUGUUAGGUAUUUCCGAAGAGGAGGAAGCACACUUACUUUGAGCUCAGUUUUUUUCAGAUGCUGUCAUUUCUUACAAAAGCAAUAAUGUGCCAAGAGGUAACAACCAGGCUUUGAUCUACAAUUUCCUGUGCUGUUGCAAAACACAGUGAAUUUUUUGUACUUGUAGAAAGUUUACUAAAGCUGUGUUAUGUUACUUUUGAGAUCUGUAUACUGAUUUAAGAAUAAAAAGAGCAUCAAAGGCUGGAAAAAUCUUACACUGGGGAUCAGAAGUGAUGAUGCUUUUUGCUAACCUGCUUUACAACCUUUGGAAGUGGCAGUGUUCCGAAGAAUAGAUUGCCUCAUGCGUCCAGGAGGAGUUUGUGUGUUAUAACAAAUAGAGCUGCGUCUGCUUAAGCAAAUAGGAAUUAGAAGUAAACACAACAAGUUAAUUUUAUGUCUGACCCCAUCUGAUCCUUCCCUGAGCAUCUGGUGCACUGCCUCCCCAAGCGCUGUCUGCAAGCCGUUGUUACAUGGCGGCCAGCUGAAGCCAGCUCAUGGGCAGCAGAGGGGAAAAGACAAGUGCUUCAGAACCCUCUUUGUACAACCCCCAGUUUCUCUGCAUACUUUGUGCUAGCUGUUCAGUGGCUUGACUGUCCUGGGAGAGUUUUGAACAUUUCAUGCUCUGUAAGGGUAUAUAACACACAGUGCUCAGGCUGAUAAGUGUAUCUUACUUUAAAGGUGACAGCAUGCUAAGAGUUUUGGCUCUGAGAUGAAAAGCUGCCCUGUGGUACUGCUCAGGUUAUAUCAGAUAAUUUACUGUUAGAAACCUUAAUGAAAAUAAAUCCACUACUGAGAUGUACAAGAAAGAACGGUCAUAUAAUCGCCUUGUUCUGUGUCACAUAGCAAGUGUUGAGAUGUGUGUGAGCUCCCUGAAACCCUAAGAUCAAAAAUAUCUCCAAGUCAUCUGGCCAAAACAAGGUCCUUUUCCAGAGUUCUGUUUCACUGGUGCAACAUAAAUCAGAUGUUAGCAAUUUCUUUGUUAGUUCUGGAAAGUUUCUGGCUUUGUUUUGAAUGCUGCUUUAUGGCUGGUCCCUUCCAUGUCUGAUAGAGAACAUCAAGGGAGUAACACUUUUUAUACUGAACCCAUCGGUGUCACAGCAGGAUGGUAUCAUUUUCCAGUACAGUUCAGGUUGUUACACUGUGGCCCUAUGAGAUUGUUUGACAGGCUUUCAACCAGUUAAAUAACAAUUUGAUGGGAUGUGAAAACCACAGGAGCCAGGAAGGAGGUAAUAGUCUAUGAGCAGGCCUUACCUGUCUUGCUGCAAUGACCUUUAGGGUUUUGCAUUUAGAAACCUAACGCAGGUCACUCCUGGACUGGGCUUUGCUGGAUUUUGGUCUGGUUGACAAUGACUGGUGUUUGGUGCUUUGUAGAAUGUGGAAGAAACCACAAAGGGUCCUUCACUGAAGGAAAUGAUACGUGUGAAUGGGGAGCCUUACAUCUCCAAAAAGGAAAAAAAAAAAAAAAAAGUAAAAAAAUAUAACAAAUGCACGUCCUCUGUUUUGUAAAGCAAGUGAUCUCAGAAUGAAAUGCAGGCUGCAGAGUGGCUGGCAGCAGGAACCGGGACAGUAACUUUUGUGCAAGCUUAGGACUAGAGUGGUUAUCUAUGAGGAUGGCUGGGGAAUGCAACUUUGUAGAGAUGUCCCGUGUAGAAGAGCAAUUAGUUACUCUCUAAGUGGCCACUCUGCAGCAGCAAAAUCAAUUGGCUAUCUACAUGCUGUGCUUGCUUUUCAUUUUGCUUCUCUCGGUAUGGUGACUGCAAUUUGAUUAGUGCUACUUACACAGAAUCACUAUUCUGCUAUCAUCUAAUCAAAAGUCUUCACUCUCUGAUGCAAACUGCAUUUUAAGUAAAUAAGAAUCUUUCAGAUUUGAGCUCUCUGUAAAAUAUAUUGUAGUAAUUAAAUUAUAAAUAGCAAGAGCAAGUUGUAUGUCAGUUCUAACAAUGCAGAGAAGAAUGCACUGUGAAGGAAAAUGUUUUUUUGCCACCCAGUGAUGUGGCUGAUGAAGCAAGCAAGUGCUUAUGAGAAGGAUAGUUCUGAUUUCAUAGUUCUUCAGCUUAAAUACAAUUGUAACUUAAGUCCCUACUAUUAUUUCAUCAUACAUCCGCAGUCGCAAAAGAUGCGUGGCCGAUUUCGUGUGUUGCUGUUGAUUGUAUACAAAAUACACAAGUAUUUUUGCAUGUAGAGUUCUGAAAGCAUACUCUGUAGUUUCCCUUUAAAAACAGCGUGCUAACAAGGAACUAAUUUAACUGAAAGUGCAGUCAGAAGACAAGAUGGCUUCAGCUCUCUGAAAAAUGUGAGUCAGCUAAGGAGGAAUUGCUGUUUCACUUUGCUGAUGUGAGCCUCAGGCCACCAAAAGCGUGAUGAAUGUCUACAUUAAAUGAAGCUUACAUUGAAGUGUGGAAGACAAAUAUCACCUCGUUUCCAAAUUUUGGUUAAAAAUAAUCCAUGUAACAUUUUAUGUAUGUUUCAAAACGUCUCUUUCUGCUCCGACUUGCAUAGGAGCACAGGCUUAGACAUUUGUAUAGGAUUACAUUUCUCCCAACUUUAGCUGCA